CUGUGGGAGAGGGAACGCUCUCCCUCCUUUUCUCUUCCCGUCUUUGUCUCUCCUUAAAUCUCACACGCCUUAUUUUUAUUCCCUGUUUCUCUCUGCUGUUUUUGAAGAUGUCUAAGGGCGAGGUGAAUUUUUGCAGCAAUGAGGAAUAUUUCCAGGAUUUCCAGGAACGAGGGCCAACUCUCUCAUUCAGCAACUUGCACUACUGUAUUCAGCAGACGAGACUGUGCUUCAAGAUUGGUCCUGAAAAACAUAUCCUCAAAGAUGUGAGUGGCAUCAUGAGACCUGGCAUGAAUGCUAUCAUGGGCGCAACAGGAAGCGGUAAAACAUCACUUCUAGAUGUAGUUGCAGGAAGAAAAGACCCUGCCGGACUGCGGCAAGGAAAAGUCUUAGUGAAUGGAAAAGCUGUCACAUCUGAACUCAGGCUCAGCUCUGCUUAUGUAGUUCAGGACGAUAUCCUGAUGGGCACCCUCAGUGUGAGAGAGAAUCUGUUGUUCAGUGCCAACCUCCGUCUCAACCCGAAGCAAUACUCUACUAUGGAUAAACACAGCAAAGUAAAUGCCAUCCUACAAGACCUGGGUCUCACCGACUGUGCAAACACUAAGAUAGGGACAGAGUUUAUCCGUGGUGUAUCAGGAGGCGAGAGGAAGAGGUGCAGCAUCGGGAUGGAGCUCAUCACUUCUCCGUCUUUGCUGUUUCUGGAUGAACCAACCACAGGCCUGGAUUCCAACACGGCAAACUCCCUCAUCAAACUGCUGCACGACAUGUCCAGGAGAGGUAAGACUGUGAUCUUCUCCAUCCACCAGCCACGAUAUUCCAUCUUCAAACAGUUUGAUCAUCUGACCCUGAUGCAUAAAGGGGAGGUGGUGUAUGCAGGAGCAGCGGACCAUGCACUGGAAUACUUAUCAGACCUUGGCUACCAAAUUGAAUCCUUCAACAACCCUGCUGAUUUCUUUAUGGAUGUCACAAAUGGAGAGGCAAAAUCAACAAUUAUGUCGAUCUCUGCAGAUGACAGUCAAAAUCCUUUGGCAUCAAGGUAUCGCCAGUCCUCACUGUGCCAGAGAGUCCUUGAGGAGCUAGGCCGUUUAAACCUGAGCAGUGCUGAACGCGACAAAGGUCAAGAUGAGCCAGUUGACUAUGCAACCUCUUUUCUUUAUCAGUUACGUGUUGUGUGCGGCAGGACAGUGCGGAACUCUCUGAGGAACCCUCAGACCUCUUAUGCCCAGCUGGCUCUCACCAUCACUUUUGCUCUUCUGGUGGGGCUCAUUUAUUACCAGAUGCCACUGUCGCUGCCUGAGGCGAUACAGAACAGGUCCGGAGCGUUCUUCUUCCUCAUCAUUAACAUGGUGUUUGCGAAUCUCUCUGCUGUGGAACUCUUCAUAAACGAAAGGGUGAUCUUCAUUCAUGAAAACUCAAGCGGCUAUUAUCGCACCUCCGUCUACUUCCUGUCCAAGAUCUUUGCUGACCUGAUCCCCAACCGAGUGAUCCCCAUCAUUGUGUUUUCAUGCAUCACCUACUUCAUGAUGGGUCUGAGGUCUGGCGUUGAGGCCUUCAUGUGUUUUGUUCUGACCAUGUCUCUGGUCAGUCUGGCAGGAGUGGGCUUGGCUUUCCUCGUCUCGGCAAGUGUUUCGACAUUUGCCAUGGCUAACGUCUUAAUUGCUCUGCCCUUGGUCUUCAUGAUGGUUUUCGGUGGCUAUCUGGUCAGUCUCAACAGUAUGCUGAGCUGGCUGUCCUGGCUGCAGUGGAUCAGUAUCUUCAAAUACGGACUGGAUGCUGCAUUCAUCAACGAAAUGAGAGGACAGACGUUCUACAGCAACCGCACAAUCAUCCCAGGCGAGGUGUUCCUGGAUCUCCGGGGCCUGGAUUACUCUGCGUGGGGCUUCUGGCAGAACCAUGUGGCUCUGCUGGGAAUCACAUUUGUCUGUAUGUCUCUGGCCUAUGUGCAGCUGCGACGAAUCAACCGCUGGAAAUGACACCUCUCCAUCAGUUUUUAUACAUCUGUCUUCAUCUGGUUUAUGUAGCAGAAGAGAAGAAGAAAAAAACUUUAAACCAGUGUUUCAGUGUUUCUGCAGCAUACUGUCGAUAAUUUCAUUUAUUUUAAAUCCAAAUAUUUGGCCAACACUCAUUCCUCUCUCUCUCUCUCUCUCAAACAUAAACAAAAACAUGUGAUGUAACAUUUGACACCCCGGUGGAUAAGCUGCCACUAAGCACACAUGGUCUGUGCAUUAGGGACUGUACAGCAACAGCUAAGCCCUAACAAAGCCACUUAAACUCUGUGUGUGAGUCCAUACAGCACAGAAAACACUCUGAAGUUCUUUUUGACUUAUUUAUUUAUUUUUAUUUCGAUCCUAUUUUACUUUUUCAAAAACCAUGUUCUCCAUGUUAAGAAUAAAUAAGAUUAUUUAAUUCAUGACAUGAGAAUUAUAAUUAUAUUUUGAGUGCAGUACAAACUUCAGCUGCAAAAUGAUUACAGUGACAAAAUAAACAUAAACAUUAAAUAGAAGUAAAGACGCUUAGAAAAGAUACACACACAACAGAUAUAAUGAACUCCCUGAAUCUCAGUUUUCUCCAUGACUCCAUUUAAACUGAAUUGUACACACUGUCUGUCAUUACAUAUAGAUAAAAUAUGUAUUAUCGACUUUAUGGCUUCACUGUUCUGUCAGAUUGUAGUAUUUCUAUUCUUGUGUCAUUUUGUACAUGCAUUUCAAAACCAUCAAACCAUUUUAUGGACACACAUGUAAAUGUAACAGCAGGGCAGAAAGAUUUGAAGAGAAUGCUGAUUUUAUUUUUUUAUUUUUUUUUUUAAAUAGUAUGUAUAUUGUCCAGGAAGAGACAAGAAACAACAACAAAAAACAGAAAGAUCUGUGAGCUCCAGUCUGGUGUUCUGUGUCUGAAGCUGCAUCCCGUAGAGUAACACGGUCAGUUUUCUUUCCAAGUGCAUCACAGUGAGUCUCAUAAAAAUAAAAAUAAUGAGUCAGCCUUGGAUAAACAUGAAAAAAACAGUUUUGCCUGCCUGUAUCUUUGAAGCACUAACUAGUAGUGCAUCAUCUACCUUGUUGGAAAGCUCAUGUAGAUCAGUGUAGGAUUCAUUUUGUUUUCUCAAAAUCACAUUAAAGACAACAUUACUGGUUACUUGAA